AUGUCCAAUAGUUGGUAUAAUAACCCAGAACUGGGCCAACAACAACAAGUUCAACAAUCGCAUCCUCAGAUGAUGUAUUCACAACCUCAAGGUGGGCUGAAUUAUCAACAACAACAACAACAGCAAGAAUCAAAUCAACAAAUGAGGGGUACCAAUUAUGGUAUGACUACAGCUAACGAUAGUGGCAUGAAUAAUGUAGCUAUUGAUACACCUGCAGAUGAUUAUAAGGAAUCUCAAGAAGAUCUCUCUGUGCCAUUAUCCUUAUCCAGUACCCAAUUAACACCAGAGGAACAACGGACGUAUUUGAGAUGGUACAAUAACAUUACAAAGCAUACACAUUCUAAGUUGAUAACAUUAACUGAUAUAUUUAAUUUUAUGGUCAAUUUCAGAUUGCCACAAGCUUUGCAAAAUAGAUUAACUAUUAUAUUUAGAAGUUGUAAAAAUGCUCUGAACAUUGGUCAAUUCUUUGCAGUAGAGAGAUUAAUAGCAAAGGCUAUACUAGAUAGUUCACUGCCAAUUAGAAAAAUGAUUUUAGAACAAUCGGGUGUUCCGAAACCAAAGUCCAUUCUAUCACAGCGCCGUGCUCAAGAUAAAUAUGAAGAAGUUGAAGUUGAUGCUGGCGGACAAGAAAAUACACCAGGAAACCCUGUAGACAUAGAUUCUUUUACAUCAUUACUUUUGACGGGGAAAACUUCAAAAAAAAGAGUUAGGAGAAUUAUUGCCAAUGAAGAAUUAAGAAAUAAAAAGGUUCAUUUUUCAGAAAAAUUAUCCUUUGCUGAUGAUGUUACGACUUAUGAUGAUGAUGACACUUCAAUGUCGAUGCAUGGCCAAGAUUCAACUGGUCAGUUAGAUUUAAGUUUACCCAUGGAUCAAUUGUUAAAUUUAAUGGCAAGGAGAAAAGAAAAUGGGGAUGCUGUUGGUUUAGUAUCAAGCUUACCUAACGAACAACAGGAAACUGCAGAAGAAAGAGAAGUUUUGGAAGGAAUGAAAGACUCCUUAUCGCAUUUUAAGCAAAUUCAAACAGUAGAUUCAAUUGGACAAAUGAAUCCAAACAUGUAUAUGAACGGUGUGCCUGAUCAAUUUAUGCCGGGCUCCAUGCAAAUGCCAUUACAACCACUGAAACCAACCGCAACUGGGUCUGGGAACCAUUUGUUCAAACAAGAAAUGGCAAGGGCUCAACAAGGAAAUCCAAAUGGACCAUUACAACCUUUAAAACCAACGGCUACAGGCUCUGCAAACUAUUUAGUUAAACAGCAGUUUGAUCCAACAUUUCAAUCAUCUACUGGCCCUGCUCCUAUGCAAAACAACAAUAUGAUAUCCCCAAAUCAAACUGUUUCUCCAGAGAAUCAAAACGCUACUUUACAACCAUUAAAGCCCACCGCAACUGGAUCUGCAAAUUAUUUGAUGAAAUCCCAUUACACUCAGCCAAUGAAUGUUCCACAAACAACUGGAACUAUGCAAAUGCAACCCCAACAACCACAACAACCUCCACAACAACCUCCACAACAACAACACCUUAUGGCUAGUAAUACAUUGCAACAAAUGUCAACUGGAACUAUCUACCAACAGCAAAUUCCAAAUAAUAAUUCUUUACAACCAAUGCAAAUGAAUGGUAUGCAGACUCAACCACAAUCACAACAAAUGACCCAAACUACUUCCCCACCAAAUCUUCAACAAAGAACGGUGUCUCCUAUGGGUACUAACGUUUCUGGCAUGAUGUCACCAAACCCCACUGCUACCAUAAUCUCUCCAAAUACUACGGCCCCAAACCAAAUGUCUUUUCAUUCACCUCAAGGAACUGGUCAAUAUGUAAGUCCUUACGGUGUAUCAAAUACAACCAACCAAAUGCAAGGAUAUAUUUCACCACAGCAUAGUGCUCCAGCAGGCCCAGGCCAUCUGAUGCAUCAUCAUAGUGCACUACAUGCUCACCAAUUACAAGGAAAUGUUUUACAAGGACAUCAGUUACAAGGUUCUACUACUUCGCAUUCAGGUUAUCAAAUGAAUAAUUUGCAACCUAUACAACAACAGCAACAAUUGCAAAUGCACAAUUCUCAACAGCAGCAAAUGUCCCAACCAAUGCAUCAGCAGCAACCUCAGAGUCAACAAACUACCUCACCAUUUGGCCUACAAGGCUCUAGUCAAAUGGCAAAUAACUUCUUCCAAUCUUUGCUUUCUCAAAACCAAUCACCUUCACCAAGUAAUAGCCAACAUAAUGUCCCUCAACUACGUAGAACUGGAUCACUCGUAGUCCCACAACAUACCCAACCAUCAAUGCUGUCUGGCCACUAUCAUCACCAACAAACUCAACCACAACAAAUGCAACAACAGCAACAACUACCUCACCCCCAACAAUAUCAACAGCAACAGCCCCAAUACCAACAAUCACAGCCACUACAGUACCAACAGCAAUAUCAGCCUCAGCAACAAUAUCAACAACCACAGCCCCAAUACCAGCCUCAACAACAACUGCAAUCAUCUCAGUAUCAAAUGGGCCAACAACAACUUCAACCUCAAUACCAACAGCAACAACAACCACAAAUCCGUGGAGCAUUUGACAUGCAUAGUCUUCAACAACAAGUAGACUCCAUUCAACAGAAUUAUCAAAGACAAUAG